AUGUGUGCACGUGGCAGGUACAAAUCCAAGUUGCAUGGUGCGACAGACUAUUUUGUAGGCCUGACAGUGGAGCAGAAAUGUGAGCUGGCUGAGCGGGAGCUGACUGAGAUGAAGGAUGAGAUUCAGAGGAUGGAGGAGGACUCGGAGCAGACCUUGCAGAACCUCGAGGCAGUCAUAGAAGAAGCGGAUGUUUGGUGGACUGAUGUUAAGAAAGCCAUCAGUGACUUUGAGAAAGACAUCAUCAGCACCAUCUCCAGCAAGAAAGGGAGUAUCAUCGCUUCUGAGAAGCUGCUGAGAUACAUGGAGGAGAAGAACCGCCAGAGGGAUCUGCUGAGAGAGAAGUUGCGCUUAAAAAAUUAUUUGCUCAAGGGUUACAAGAAGAAGCUGCAGCAGCAGCUCAGGCAGAAGGAGCAGAUGGGAGAGACACUCCGUGAGGUCCGUUUGCAGCAGCUGCAGGUUAGAAAUGCCCAGUACCAGGAGAAGAUUGAUGAGAAGAACCAGGAGCUGCUGCAGCUAAAACUGACCUCGGGGAAGACUGUCCAAGUCCUCAACUUCUAUAAAAGGAAGCUGCAGAACGCCAUGGAAACGUCCACGUCUCUGAUGAAAGACAUCUCCCAGAGGAAGGAGCUGCUGGAGAAAGUUGAAAGAGAAGCUGCUCUGGUGGAGGAGCAACGAGCUGAAGCUGAGAGUGUGAAUCGGCAGCUGCGGAAGCAGCUUUCAGACUACGGCGUCCCCCCUGUGCUGGGUUACGUGCAGAAGAAGAUGGCUGUUACUGACCUCGAAAACAGCCUCAAGGCUUGGGAGAGGAAGGUGGCAGUUGCCGAGAUGUCCUUGCAAAGAUACCGCAGAGCAUGGAACCAGGUCAAGAUGUCUGGUAACCAGCACUAG